UUGGAAUAAACAAAGCCGAUAGCUUAUCAGUUACUUUUAAUCUAUGUUAGAGACUCAAAACACACUGCUUGUUAUCCAAUAUCGAACAAAGGAUGCAAUAGAAUAUAACAUACUUUUUUUACAUUAAGUUAGAUCUACAUUUUUAAAAGUGUUUUAGUUUUUAUAUUGUUUUUCUAUACACCCUUUUAUCCUUGGAAUAUGUAGAUAGUGACGAGGAGAAAGUAUCCAGAAAAGAAUUAUUGAUAGGUAAGAGACGAGAGAGAAAAGAAUCGAAGAAGGACAAAGGUUACGUGGCCUUUGAAGGCGAAAGUUCAGAAGAUGAAAUGGAUGAAACUAAAAGUCCAGCUAAAACAAAAAAGACCAAAGCUCCAUUUAAAUUUCCUGGUAAAGAUAAAAAAGAAAGAUCUGGAAAAACUAAAGAUAAGGAAUUGAAAGAAACAAAAAAGGAAGAGGAUAAGUCUAGUAAAGAAAGUAAGAAAGAACAUAAAAAGAAAAAAAUUAAGCUAUCAAGAUUUGAUAAAAAGGACAAAAAGAAAAAAUUUGAUACAAAAAAGUCAGAAGAAAAGCCAAUUUUUGGAGUUCCUCUUCACAUUGCAGUCGAAAGAAAUCCUUGUCACGAUGGAGUAGAAAUACCAGCCAUUGUUCGUGAAUGUAUAGACUACAUCGAAGAGCAUGGCUUGGCUUGCGAAGGCAUUUAUCAAAUCUCUGGCGUAAAGUCCAAAGUACGACAGCUGAAAUCUCAGUAUAAUUCCGGAGAAAAAGUUUAUUUAUACGAACACGAACCUCACAUUGUUGCAAGUCUCCUAAAACAUUUUCUGCGAGAACUUCCAGAACCUGUUUUGACCAACGAAUUAAUGCCGAAGUUUGAAGAUGCUGCAGCUUUGAAAAAUGAACAGAGAAAAGUAGAAAUUAUAUCAAAGUUAAUUGAAAGUUUACCAAAAUGUAACAGACUUCUUUUAUCAUAUGUGUUUAUACAUAUGCUACAUAUAAUACAAAUGGAAAAAAGAAACAAAAUGAACUUGCAAAAUAUAUCCAUUGUUUUAAGUCCUACGAUGCAAAUCAGUCAUAGAGUUCUUCAUGCUCUGUUUGCUCAUCAUAAAAUUCUUUUCAGUGAUUUUGAGAUUAAAAAAUAUGUACCACCUAUUCAACCUGAAACAUCUAGAUUAUCGUUAGAAUUGCCAGAUACACCUGCUGCUAUUGAAGAAGAAUUGGGAAAACAAGAAAAUUUGUUAAAUGAGCUACAUGCAGAAUUAAAUGCUGGCUUGAGAGAUAAACAGAAAGAAGAACAACUUUGGGAAAUUCAACGCAUCGUUACCCAGUUGAAACGAAAGUUAAGAUUUUUGAAACAAGUUCAAGAUAAACAAGUUAGAUCUAGUGUAGUAAAUGCUGAAGAUGAUUUUCAUAUUGACACAAGACUGCAACAAGUUAAGGAAGAAACAUCGCAAGAAGCAGUAGAAAAUAACGUUGAAAAAAAUGAAAAUGCACAAGAAGAAAUUCAAACUGAAACAGUUAAAUCAGAAAAUAUUGCACCUGAAAAAGAAACAGAAGAAAUUUCUCAAAAAGAAAAAUGUGAUGAGAAGGAAACUGUUCCUGUUCAAAACAUUGAAAAACCAGAAGAAGUGGUAAAAGAAGAAGUAAAAGAUGAUGAUGUUGUUGAAGAAGUUAUAAUUGAAGAACAAGCACAGAAAACUGUUUUAACUACUGUUGAGAAAGAAGAAUUAGAAAAGGGUGAGAAAGUGGCAACGGAAACCAAAAGCGAAAACGAAGAGGUUGCCGUGGUGGAAAACGGAGAGGACGACGAAGUGCACGCGCUUCUUCACGAAGAGAAACUUCUGUUACUUCAGCAAGAAGAAUUAUUGUUUUUAGGAGAAGAAUUGAAAAGGAAGAUAGCGACCGAACACUCGGAAGUGGAGAGAUUAAGAGCUGAAAUUGCUGAAUAUCAACAGUUUUACAAAUUUAAGCAAUAUUCAUUUGAUUCUUCAGAAAAAAGCUCUGAAACCGAUAGUAGUGAAAGUGAUGAAGAAGAUUUGCAACAAGUUCUAGAAGAUUUAAUUAAAGAAAACCAAGCUCUGGAGAAAAAGAAUGCCGAAGUGACCCGCCAGAUACAGCGAGAGAGGGAGGCCUGCAUGAUGAUUAAAAUACAAAUGAAGUUAUUGCAGCAGGAAGGCAGACAUUUAGAAUAUAAUAGAAAUUAGGAAAAGCUCGUUUUUUCCUCGUCCAACAGAAAUAGCAAAAGCCUCUGAUAAAUUGCCAAGACACUUCUUCCAUUCCGUCGAGUGCAAAAGUCGAGACCGUCGCUCGUACCGUACGUUCGACGAAAAUGCUUCGAAUGUAUUCUUCUUUUAUUAAAAAAAAUUACGCUUUAGUUAUGUUCGUUUUUUAACGCCGCCGCCGCCGCCUAUUUUAUGGUAGAAAAAGAUAACGAAAGAGAAAAUUUUAAAUUAUACCUUAUUGGAAAAAUCUUCAGUUAUUUAUGACGAAAAAACAUAGAGCAAAUAUUAUUUAUUUUCGGGUUAUUUAAUGUAAUGACCCGGAUAUACUGUUAUGUAUGUAUGUAUAUGAUCUCGGCUUACUAAUCUUUUUUUUUUUUUAAUUAUAUUUGCUAAUAAAAUUUUUAAAAAUGUUAAACUAUUUCAAGUUGUCGCUUCUAUUUAAAUUAUAAAAUAUCCUAUUCUCGCUGUUAUAUAAUAAUAAUUGUACUUCGAGAAAACAAUAGUAAUAGUGUCUUAUUAAUGAAUUAUCGUGGGGAUAAAAAAAAAACUUUUUUGGCCUUAUCUUUUUUCCCCGCUUUCUGGGAUUUUUUUAUUUUCGGUAGAUAAAUAUCAAAACAAUUAAUUAAAUGUGCCGAAUAAAUAUCGUUUUUCGAAGAGUUCGAUAAACGUCGCUUUCCAUUAAUUGCGCGUGUGUGUACCGUCUUUUCUAAAUUGUCCCUCGAUGUACUACGAAGAACGGGGAUUAAAAAUUAUAUUAUUUAUUUGUUACGUUUGAAAAUCUGGAAAAUAUUUAACCGUUUGGACGAGGUUAGGUGACGUUUUACUAUUUCCGGCGUAAGAUUAUAUUUUUAAUGUUGGCAACUGUGGACCAGGAGUCAGGUUAUUAGUAAUCGCGUGGCUUGUAAAUGUUCCAGUUGAUAAUGGCGCGCGUCAUAAAACCGUUAUUGUUUUGGCUCGUUCUAAAUAAAAAAAAACCUAAAUAUCUUGCAACGGAUCUGUCGCCUACGCGU